UCCAGUCUAGGCAGAGUUGAGAGGAGAGUGGUGUGACCGUCACAGAGUGGUUGCUGUCUGCUGGGUUGUGUGUCUGCUGGGUUGUGUGUAUACGAGUUGUGUUGUUGUAUAUGGACAUGAGUGUGUCUGUGUGUGUGUGACGGUGUGUGUGUGUGUGAGUGUGUGUGUGUGAGACUCCUUUGGACAUGUUCCCCCAUGGUCUAUGGGGUGUACCUGCUCCCACUAGAGAGGAACGUUCAUUUAUUUCUCUUUCGCUCUGACUAUUUAUCUUUCUUUUGUUCAGACUAUUUAUUUAUUUAUUGCUUGUUUCUGUGGAAAUGUUGUCACUCCGAAAGAUGCACUCCAAAAGGAAGUCUCGCAGCACAGACAACUUCUUGUGUAUAAAGGACUCGGAGUCGCUGGACAGCUGCAUCUCGGGCGUGCUGUCUUCCCUGUACCCACCAUUCAUUUCCACGGCGCCCACGUUGCUGUGGCAACUCUUCAGCGUGGUGGAGCGGCAGUACCACGGCGACGGCCUGCGCUGCCUCCUCGACUACCUGCUGCCUGCCAAGAGCAUCCUCCACAGUCUACAGCAGCACAGCCGCGAGCGGUUUAAAGGCGUGCCCCUGUGCCACGUGGGCUGGCCGCUGUGCCUGCAGGAGAAAGUGGUGGUCCAGCUGAGUCCACUGCAUAAGGUGCGUCUGCGUCCAGGUGAUUUCUACCUGCAGCUGGUUCCGCAGGGCCGGCGGUCCGCGCGGCUCGUCCUCAAAUGCCUGGCGUCCAGCGGGCGCGCCGUAGCCGAGCUGCCCGUGCCCGAGGGCAUGAUCGCCCGCGUGUUCACGCUGCGCUUUCCAGACGAGAUCACGCGUGGACGUAACCUCCCGCCGCUGACCAGCUGCCUGCUCUCGGCCGCUGCCGGGGACGCCGUGUUCCGCACCCCCUGGAAGAACGUGGCCGUCCCGCUGCAGCUGACCGACGACAAGGCGCCGCGCGCGUCCUCGUCACCGUCCUCCCUCCGCGGGUUCCGCGGGUUCCAGCUGUCCGCCUGCAGCACCAACGGUUCCACCGGAACGCUGGACUCCUCGUUCCGCAGCUCACGGGACUCCCUGCAGUCCACAGCCGGCUCGACAGCAUCUGAACCCGUCCUGUCCCGUCACCGUGACAACGACAGCCACGCGGCACACACACACCGUCACGCCAUGGACACACGAGCGCACUCACACGCACACUCACACGCACACUCACACGCACACACACACUCACACACACACAUGCAGCCCCAGACUGAGCGAGCGAUGGGGGUGGACAGGGGUGUGUGUUUCGCCUCGGAGGCGACUGACCCUCCCCCGGUCCCCCCUCGGCGGCGCUCUGCACAGGACGCAUCGGCGUUGGAGACACGGCGCCUGUUCCGUCAGUCCUACAUGGAGGCGCUGCAGAACCCCAUGAGCCUGGGCUGCAGCUCGGAGUCCGUCCUGGACGAAGGUCACGACCCCCGCCAGCCGCCCCUCCGCCAGCUGUUGCCACGGAGACUGUGUGGGCGUGGGGGGCUGCGUGGGCUGGACCUCGGCUGGGCUGAACGGGAUCAGAACCAGAACCGGAAUGAGAGCCAGCAGAACCUGCAGCAGCGUCCGAGGUCCAAGUCCCUGGAGCGAACUGGACCGGGAGCGGGACUGGGUCGGGCGGCGCAGGUCAGAGGUCACCGCACACGCUCCUCCUCUGGAGGUUCCGCCAGCCUUUCUGCCAGCUUCUCACCACGCAGACUGGUCAAUGGACACACACCACACACACCACACACACCACACACACCUCACGCAGCACAAACGCUACAUACAACACACAUGCUACACACACUACGCCCUGGAACCCCCACUAUGCCCACCAGCGAGAGGAGGAGCAGCUUGAGGGAUGAGUCAGGAGCCAGUGAGAGCCCCCAUCACUCAGGUUACCAUAGAAACAGCUUCAGCAGUGAUGAUGGUCACCUGGACCAGUUGGCUCCUUCCAAAUACAGGCUCCACCUACCCAAACUAUCAGACCUUAACAGAGACCUGCUCAACUCAGGAGCUGUCGCUUUACCAGGUAACCGUGAUCGUGGCGGCCGGCUGCUGCUGCAGGUGUGUCUGCAGAACUCCAUGUGGACGGAUGGCUGCUGUUCUGCCAAAGAGCUCACCUGUGUGAUGACCUACCUGACCUCUACCCUCAGAAAGGAGAGGAGGGAGCAGGGUGUGGUGGUCCUUGUUGAUGGACGGCGUCUUCAGACUCUCUCCCCUCAUAUGACAACACUCCUCAUGGCCCUGUCCGACAUGCAGGCCUCUCUGUCCUGUAUGCUGCUGCUGGUGGAUAAGGAGUGUGUGUACAGGCCCGAGAGAGAACUCAGCAUCCCGUGUGAGCUGCUGACCUCCCUCAAGUCCCUCCAGAAGCACGUUGACCCGUCACAGUUGACCCAAGACCUGGACGGAACCUUCCCCUAUGACCACGCCCACUAUGUCAGCUUCAGAGAGAAGAUCGAACCCUUUGCCAGCAGCUGCAGUGAAGCAGUGACCUCCCUGCAGACCUCAAUCUCCUCACUGAACAACACAGGCAGCCUGGACACUACACAGGCGGUUAUGAAGGUGAUUGAAGAACGGAGGCGUUUGAUGAAGUGUGUGUUGGACGAUGUGAAGCUGAACCGACUCCGCCUGGAGGGAGGGACCUUUCUGGCCCGGAUACGCAAAGAGGAACUCUGUGACAACCACAUCUACAGGGCUGCUGUGGAUAUGGUGUGUGCUCUGUAUAACCUUGUGGAUGAGGAGGUCCACCGUCUGGUCAUCCAGUCCAACGCCUCCCUACAGCACCUAGAGGAGCUGCUACAGACACGCAGAUUUGAGGAGGCCACUGUACAGAUUAAGCACUGGUUCACUGAAAAGGGGGAGAAGCACUUGGCCUCUCUAGACUCCUAUUGCCUCUCCUCUGCGUCAAUCACUCAGCUAAGGCGGGAUCUGGAUGAUUUCAUGGACCAAUCAGAUCGGCAGCAGAAACAGGCUCAGCUUCUUGUCCAGUCGGCUGAAGGGUGUCCAAGCCCAACUCUCAUGGACUUCAAACGCUUCCUCAGUGCCAUGACAACCCGCAGCGAGAGACGCAAGGCUGACCUGGAGACGCUGCAGAAUCUCUACGAGUUCUAUGACUCGGCGGAGCGCUGGCUGGCCUGCUGUGCGGAGUGUGUGCAGCUGGGGGGGGACGAGUGGGAGUGUGGGGUGGCGCUGCAGGAGGUGCGUGAGGAGGGCCGGGGGUUCUCCCACGAGCACUUCAGCACCAUGAGGGAGGCAGCCGAGGGCCUGGGGCUCGCACGAGUAGGCGAGAGGUGUAGCGCCCUCUGGAGGAGGUGCCAGGUAGCACACGCCCAGCUGGAAGAUGCUCUCACACAUUCUAGCACAGCAGCCCCUGAUGGUGACCAGCGGGACUGCAGCCACACGCCUCCUCAGCUAUCCCCUCUGGGGGCGUCGCCCGAGCGCACUUCCUCCUUCCUGUUUGACCCACUCUAUACCCCCACUGGCUCCGCCUCUUCCUCCCCUAGCCACUCCCACUUCCUGUUUCCCCCGGUGGAUGGGCGGGCGGGCGACAGCAGCGGUGCGUCGCCGUUUGAUGACACGGACAGCGACUGCACGGUGGACUCAUUUGUGUCAAGCCGCUCGGAGCCGCCUAUGCGCUCCGCCGCUAGCGCCGCGGCACGUCUCCGCAAACCACCGCUGAGGAAGAUGAUGAGGAAGACCGGCGGCAGCUACGAGAUGGCCACGUGCACCAGCAGCGCGAGUGUGCACGAGCCACGGGGGGCGGGAGCGAGCAGCGCCGUGCGAGGCUACUCGGGUGUCCACAUCCGUGGGCUGGAGGUCACCAAUAACGUGUGUGCGGAGAAGACCCUGCAAAGGUCAGAGGUCAAGAGCCCUGUCCUCACCCGCAGUCAGAGCCUCUCCACCCCAGCCAGGACACACACACACACACUCACGCACGGGGACACGGACACCAAGACACACAGCAGCAGUAAGAUCCAGCACAUCUUGGCUGAGAUGGUCAGUACGGAGCGUGAGUACGUGCGGUCGCUAAGCUACGUGAUCCAGCACUACUUCCCUGAGAUGGAGCGUCCAGACCUGCCGCAGGACCUGCGGGGCAAGCGCAGCAUUGUCUUUGGGAACCUGGAGAAGCUCUGGGCAUUCCACACACACCACUUCCUCAGGGAGCUGGAGCAGUGCACAGACACACCGCUCAGCGCCAGCCAGUGUUUUCUCACUCACGAGGAUCAGUUUGGCAUGUACGCCCUCUACAGCAAGAACAAGCCACGCUCAGAUGCUCUACUCUCCAGCCAUGGAAACAGCUUCUUCAAGAAUAAGCAGCUGGAGCUGGGUGACCACAUGGAUGUGGCGUCGUACCUGCUGAAACCGAUCCAGCGCAUGAGUAAAUAUGCCCUCCUGCUCAAAGACCUCAUCAAGCAGUGUGGCCCCGCCCAGGAGGCGGAGCUACGCGACCUACGCACUGCCCACGACAUGGUCACCUUCCAGCUGCGCCACGGCAAUGACCUGCUCGCCAUGGAUGCUAUCAGAGGAUGUGAUGUGAACUUGAAGGAGCAGGGUGAGUUGCGUUGCCAGGAUGAGUUUAUGGUGUGGUGUGGCCGCCGUAAGUACCUGCGUCAUGUCUUCCUCUUCGAAGACCUCAUCCUCUUCAGCAAGACCAAGAAGAUCGAGGGUGGAUACGACAUCUACAUCUACAAACAGUCUUACAAGACGGCGGAGAUUGGCAUGACGGAGAGUGUGGGCGAGAGUGGCCUGCGGUUCGAGAUCUGGUUCCGCCGCAGGAAGUCGCAGGACACCUUCAUCCUGCAGGCGGGGUCACCUGAGGUCAAGGCCUCCUGGACCAGCAUCAUCGGCAAGAUCCUCUGGAGACAGGCGCUACGCAACAGAGAGCUGCGCAUGCAGGAGAUGGUUUCCAUGGGGAUCGGCAGCAAGCCCUUCAUGGACAUCAAGCCCAGUGAGGCCGCCAUCAGUGACCGGGCCAUAGACUACAUCAUGAAGAGCUCAGAGUCCAGGACGCGUGCCUCCAUUGCUGUGUCAUCGUUUGAGCACUGCGCGCCCCAUAAGCGUCCGCACUCCACCAUCUCCAACUCGUCCACCUCCUCGUCAGGCAGUCAGUCGUCCUCCUCGCUGCUGGGGCCACUCAACCUACACCUCUACCCCGCGCACACACACACACUCUCUCACACACACACACACACACCCUCUGCAGCAUUCUCCUGGCCCUACGACUGCAUAGAGGAGGACGAGCUGGAACAGGACUCUACUAGCCAGCCCUCCGUCCAGACCUCCUCUUCCUCCCAGUGCACGUCGACUGACAGCAUCAGCGGCCACAGCUCUCUCACCAUAUCUGCCCACUCCUCCGUUGCCAUGGAGACCUUACCAGAUGACACACCUUCUUUCCUCUGCCCCGCCUCCUCCACACCUGUCCCCUCCCACUCGGAACCUCAGACUCCUCCCACUCCAGUGUGUCACAAAGAGGCGGAACUCCAACAAACAAACAGCACCUACAUCACUGCAAGUAUGGGCCCUCGUUUAACACUAGGCCUCUCCACAGUGGUCUGACUCACUGUGAGAUUGGACUGAGAGAUUCUGCACAUCAAGACCCAUAUCCUGAAUCGUCAUUGGAUGAGAUGACGAUAGCCGACCUAUCAGAUCACUGGGUCUGAGACACACCACGCCCUUUAUCCCAGCACACCUGAAUCUCUCUCUCUCUCUCACACACACACACACACACACAGACACACACACACACACACACACACACACACACACACACACACACACACACACACACACACACAAACACUUAC